CGCCAUAGGAGGAACAAGGUCAUCACGACAUAUGCUCUCAAGGACAGCUGGCAUAUAUGAACUUGCAAGUAGGACAAGGCAGCGAUCCACGUCUCUGUUUGGUUAAUCCAAAAUGCCGGUGAUGCAAAUAAAAGACAGCGAAGGAUACAGCAUGACGAUGCGACAGGUCGGGGAGAAUCGGAUACCUCCGGACUUCCCCGAAGACGUGAUCCAAGAAGUGCCCAAAUUGAGAAUCAGGGACGAUGAUAUUGUGAUUGCAAACUGGUUGAGAUCAGGUACACACUGGGUGUUUGAAAUGAUCAGUAUGCUACUCAACGGUAAUACAGAGACAAUUCGUAAGAAAAAAGAGGACCACAUGAUGGAAUAUCAGCCAAUCAGCUUGCUGGAUGCCGUGCCAUCUCCGCGAGUUUUAAACACCCACCUUCACUUCCGGUAUCUGCCGGAAGACAUGAAAACGAAGCGCUGCAAAGUGGUUUACUUGCUGAGAGAUCCGCGAGAUGCUCUGGUGUCUUUCUACACAUUGCAAUCGACUCGGCCUGUUGUUGGAUAUGAUGGGAAGUGGAAAAACUGGGCUGCGCUCUGUCUGAAAGGGGAGGUGAUAUGGGGCUCUUGGUUUGAUCACGUUCGUGACUGGGAGAGAGUGUUCCAAGAAUAUCCAAACCUAGAUGUGCAUUUUUGGUAUUAUGAAGAAAUGAAGAAGAAUCCUCUGGAGGAGUUACGCAAGGUUUCCGUGUUCCUUGGCACCAACUCUUCGGAAGAACUGCUUCAGGCAAUUGUGGACAAGUGUCACAUAGAGAGGAUGAAAUCUGACAAAUUGCCUUACGAAUGGUUGGAGAAUGGCGAAUGCAAACACUAUGAGAAAGGUGUGGCCGGGACGUGGAAAGAGAUUUUCACAGCUGAACAAUAUGAAGAGUUCGAGAAGCUCUAUCGCCAGAAGAUGGCCGGGUCUAAGUUUGAGUCACGAUACAGGGGCCCUGUUGAGGUGUUGUAAAGCAGAAUCUGUGUACUGCGAUAUACACAGCAUCUGUUGUACAUAUACAUGUCACGGCCUUAGCUUUCUGUUGUCUUGAAUACAACCAAACUGUAUGCCAGUCCUUCCUGUUGAGUCAAGGAACUGAUUAACCUUUUACAUUACUGUUUUGCCUAAACAUGGAAUAAUAACGAGUCUUGACUUCAAAGAGUCACAUUGUUAAAGUCGUGAUACCAUCCUUAUUCAAGAGACAGCAUGUCUACUUUGCAAUACACUGCUUGUUAAGCAUGUCAGAGUGAAAAACGUUGAUUCGGGAUACGUAUUGACAACCCUUAUGCAUUAGAUUGGGUGUUCAAUGGACCUGGUUGAAUGUGUGCCAUCGCACGAGUUCACA